AUGGUUCUCGAUGCUCUGUCGUCCCCGCACAGGAAAUCCCAGAACCCGCUGUUCCAGACGCCGUCGAAAAAGUCGUCGAGCAGCUGGUCGAUCCUCCUCGAGCGGCACCAGUUCCUGCUGAUGACGCUCGCCCUCCUGGCCUUCCUCUGCACCAUCUACCUCUACUUCGCCGUCACCCUUGGCGGCGCCGCCGGGCCCUGCUCAGGCAUGUCCGGAGCUCAGAGGGACCAGUGCCAGGCCAGAUCCUCGGCCUCUCACAGGGGCAAGUUGAGAUUCUUCUGA